AUGUAUGAAAUAUACGUGUGGGGAGAAAGCUUGGGAUUGCCUUCGAUAGAUCCUGGUUGUCUGGCUAUAAUUUCGUACUUGCAGCUGGUCGCACCCGGUGAAUAUGGUAUAAUAGAGUGUAAUAAUCCCAACGUGUCGAUUACAGGGGAACUACCUCUUUUAAGAGUCGGUAGUGAAUGGAUCGCUGGUGUCGAGAAUAUAAUCAAACAUUUGAACAAAGAGGGUCGUGACGGUACGGAUCGUUUAACUGAUGUACAAAAGGCAGAAAGUCUUGCAUUUAUGACUCUUAUUCAAGAAGAUGUCUAUGACGCAUUCCUAUUCUCAUGGUAUAUUGAUUCGAAGAACUAUUCAGAGGUCAUUCGGCCACUCUUUGGUAGACUUUUGCCGCUGAGUGUGAGAUAUAUUAUUCCUUCUCAAACGCAAAAAAUGGUCGAGGCGAGGUUGGCGAGAUACAAAAAGGCUUUCAACGGCGAUGAGAAGCUAACUGUUCACGAUACGAAUGGUAUAUACAUGAUGCAAAGGGAUUUGUACGAUAUAUUAACAAGGAAACUCGGAGAGAACGAUUAUUUUUUUGACGGCUCUACCCCAACAACACUAGACACGAUAGUUUAUGGUUAUCUGGCCCUUCAACUAUAUCCCCGUCUUCCCAACCCAAUUCUAUCCGAUAUCCUUGAAAAUGAUUAUCCUCGAUUAAAACAAUUCUGUGAUCGGAUGAAACAUCGUUUAUUCCAAGAACAGCUACCGAUUAUUCAAGCAGCUGAGCUGCCUUCAAUGUUUACAGGAUUGUUCGUAUCGCCUCGUUCGUGGUUUACCAACACUUUUCGGGGCAAAAGAGAUGACACGAAGAUAGAAAAGUCUCAAGCUCAGUUGAACUUUGAGAGGAAAAGGUUCUAUUCGAUCGUCGGUGCAGUAAUGUUUAUGAUUGUAUAUACCGUUUGGAAUGUGCCUAUGGAGGGUGAGGUAUCCAACAGUCAGAUAGAAUUACCUGCUCAUAAUCAAGAGAAAACCGAAGCUCAAGAAAGUGUGCAAACGAAUGAUCAGUUACUUAUACCCUCUACUUCAGACCCAUCAACUCAAUCGGUUGAACUGCCUCCUGUCCCUGUUAAUGAGCCCAAUCAUGAACAUUUUACUCAAUCGCCUUCCUAUGUAGAGAUAAAGCCCCCAGAAAUAACCCAUAAUAAUAUCAAUGUUGAACCUAGCAUUAGUAAUGAUAUAACUAGUGUUUCAUCAACCGUAAGCCAAGACACUGCUCAAAUUGAGGUUACUGGAAAAGAGCCUUCAACCUUAGGUCAAGAGACAGUUCAAAAUGAAGUUACUGGGAAAGAGCCACGCAAAUGGCGCCAUCGUCGUUCACCUAAUGAUAAGAAUGACAAUAAAGCACCAUUUAACUUACGCAGACUUUCUGAUGCUGAUUUUCAAGCUUUGCCUCCAGGGUCCCGUCUGUUCCUUGGGAAUUUGUCUACUCAUUCUACUUCUAAGAAAGAACUUUAUGACAUAUUCUCGCCAUAUGGGGAGAUUUUGCAGAUAUCUAUCAAAAAUAGUUUUGGUUUCAUUCAAUACGAUAAUCCAGACAGCGUGGUCAAAGCAAUUACUAAAGAAAAUGGAAGAGUAUUACACGGGUUGAAAUUAGGACUUGAGAUUUCAUAUGGUAAGCCAUGGCAUCAUCCUCCACAGGGUGAGGGACCCAAACAAGCACAUGCGCACAGGCCAGACAAGCAUUGGGCUCAAAGAGGUUACAAAGAUGAAUGGUACGGAGGCGAGCGUGCCUUUUCUCCUCCACGUGGACACCAGAUGCCUCCGUAUACUGAUAGACGUUACGAAGAAUAUGAGCACCGACCAAACGAAUAUCGGCGUACUUCGUAUGAUGGUAGACCUGGUUAUGAAUACCAAGAACAUAGAGAAUACCGCACACCUCCUGAUUAUCGCGAAGAAUAUAAGCCUGAACAUGAAUAUCGACCUCGCGACGAGCGCGCCGGGUAUCGACGAGGCGCCUUUCGUGAAGAGCACCGCGAAGAGCGAUAUCGAGCAAAACCUUACAGAGUCCCUUCGCGUGAUUACGUCGAUCGACGCCAAGGUCGAGAAUAUCCUCCAUAUAGGGGUCAUAGUCACGACGAGCCCGAUGACGACUUUCCUUUACCAAGACGUCAAGGCAAUGAGGUGCCCGAGUGUCAGAUUAUUGUGUUGGAAGAAAUUGAACGUAAUUUUAUAUGGCAAGUUGAAACUGCAUUCCGUGAAGCAGCCAUUACUGUCCACAUAUUACAUUUGUCAAGAAAGAAGCUCCCAAUACCUGCAGUAAUUCGUCAAAUGAUCGUUGAGGGUGUGCAUGCUGUCAUCUUCUUGGAACGUCAUCACGAAAUGACCGCACGUGUCAAUAUGCAAAUCUUUGAUCAAUCGCGUGCUGCACGAGACAGCAAUGUAAAGUAUGAUGAAUAUGAAAACAUUAGAAUUGAGGAAGCAGUCGGCCUUCUACUUCGUGCCCGCGCCAUGCAAAGACCCGGUGAUAUUCGACCUCCUGAUAAUUUGUUGCUUGGCCAGCCACCAAUGCAACCCCCCCAAACAAUGCCACUCGGACCUCAACCUGGGGGAGCCAACCCCAACCCAAAUCUUCUGGGUAAUGUUAAUUUUGCUGCGUUGGCCAAUCUUCUCGGGAGCCUUCAACAGCAGCAGCCGGGUGCAACUGGCCAACCAGUGCAACCAGUGCCAAUGAUACCGCCAAAUGCCAUACAACCGCCAGGUUCUAUACAACCGUCGCAGCCUACAGGAAUGUUGCCACAACAGCAACCGCCUAAUAUUGAUGUUCAACAGCUUUUAAGACAGCUUGCUCCCCAGAAUCCGGCUGUAAACAACCAACCAUCAUUUAUGCCAGCUCCACAUCCCAUAGGAUCGAACCUAGGAUCGAACUUGGGUCCACCACCCACACAUUUUAAUCCUCAAAUGGUGGGACAACCACCAAACGCUGUUCCUCCUAAUACAAUGCAACCUAGUAUGUCAUUGUCCCAGCAGACUCAGCAUCCCACGUCAAAUAUUCCACAGUUUACAACUCAAAUCAAUCCACCUACAAAUGUGACUGAUUUGAUGGCACAAUUGAACCAGUAUAGCAAUCAGCAUUGA